UAAAACCCUCAGACCCAAAAAAAACCCUCCAUUUUCCUCAUCUGGAAAAAGCAUAACAAAUUCCCCAGUUUCCCAAAACACACAUUAUUCUCAUUACAAAAAAAAAAUUGAAAUAAAAAAAAAAAAAUCUCAUUUCCUUGAAUUUAAAGCUCUUGGUUGGUUGAGCUCACUAGCAAACCCUGACCAUCACCAAUGUCAGAGACCCAUUUCAACAAGGGUGACCAAGUCGAGGUCACAACCUCCGUCCACGGCGGCUCCACCGGCCCCUACUACCCAGCCACCGUGCUCCGUCCAGUCAUCAAAGACAAGGCCCGCAUCCUAGUCCAGUACCAAACCCUAACGGCCCACGGCGGAGGCACAAAGCCCUUGAAGGAGAUUGUGGAGGUCGGCAAUGUGCGGCCCAUGCCUCCCCGGGAGCUCCACCGGCCGUUCAAGGUCGGCGAUGACGUGGACGCGUUCAGGGCAAAAGGGUGGUAUCGUGGGACGGUGAGGGAGAUUUUGGAGAAUUCAAAGUACUUGGUGGUGUUGGAUGGUAAAGCUGACCUGGAAUUUGAGCGUGACCAUUUUGAUUUGAGGGUUCAUAGAGAGUGGGAUGAUGGGUCUUGGGUCCCUCCUCUUCCACAAGAGCUUGAAUUGCAGCAAAAAUCAUCUGGGGUGGUGAAAUGCAGAAAGAUAACGUUGAAAAUAAAGGAUAAGAAGGAAACUAUGGGAGCAAACUUUGGAAGGGGGACUCUGGAGGAUGAUGAAGAUGAUAAGGAAUUCGAGUCUGAGCAGUUUAAUUUGAGGCUUCACAGAGAGUGGGAUGACCGGUCUUCAGUCCCUCCUCUUCCAGAAGAGCAAAGGUCAUCUGGGGUGGUGAAAUGCAGAAAGAUAAGAUUCAAAUUAAAGGCCAAGAAGGAAACUGUGAGGAGAAACUUUGAAAAUGGGACUCUGGUGGAGGUCAGCAGUGAUGAGGAGGGUUACAAGGAUGCUUGGUACACUGCUAGAAUAGUUGACUACAUUGGAAAAGACAAGUUCCUGGUGGAAUACGUGUCCCUGGUAACUGAUGAUAGAACCCAGCGCUUGAGAGAAGAAGCAUCUUCAAGUCACAUUAGGCCUUGUCCUCCUCCACUUCCACAACUUGUCCAAUUCAAAGUUCUUCAGAAAGUCGAUGCUUGGUACAAUGAGGGAUGGUGGGAAGGAUCCAUUUCCAAAGCUCUGACCGGCUCAAAGUACAUGGUGUAUUUCAGCUCCACCAAUGAGGAAUUAGAGUUCAAGCAUUCCAAUUUGAGGCUUCAUCAGGACUGGUGUAACGGGCAUUGGGUAAUGGAUCCAUGCCAGGACUUCUAUGGGUUGUAAUGGUUUCCUGAUAUCCAAGUUAUUGCAAGGAUUUCUGCUAGGCAAAAGGAGACAACAAAACAAUCUGAGGAGUCUUGUAGGCUGUUCGAUAUGCUUGUGUUUAACGUAGAAAAAUGCUUGUGUUUAGUAGCUUUGUUCGAUAUGCUUGUGUUUAACGUAGAAAAAUGAUCAGGAACAACUAACAACUGCUCCAAAUGUUAUUUAUUAUGGAGAUUUACCUUGUGAUUAAUGUCAUAUCUGCUUUAUCGAAUUUAAGUUUCUUCUUCAUGAGUA